AUGAAGAGUCCUGAGACUCAACGUCGUCUCGACAGAGAAAAGAAUGGAAUCGAUGGCAGCGUUGCGGUUGUCGGUGCAGAAGGUGCUCCUAUCGCUGCUGCUGCUGCUGACAUUGUUCAACCAGAUGUGGAAGCGCCACAAGCGGCUCCCGAUCCGAACGAGCCACCAGUAAUGGAAUUCAUUAGAAGAGUGACUAAUCGCGCCGACGAGGCGAUACACGCUGCAAUUCUGGCGGGAGUACCGCCGGAGGUUCUUCCACCACCGCUGGAUUUUCUAAGAGAGCGACUACGCCUUCGACCUGCCGGAGAAGAGCCACCACCACCACUCGAGGAAAUGCCGCGAAGAAAUCGUAAAAUUUAUCACAAUAUUCGUCAUGAUUGGCUCGUUUCAGUGUUCUUCCCGGAUGUUCGACGCUUCAAUGGAUAUCGCGUUGAGACUCCGCCACCAGACAACAACAUUCCGAUUCCACCUAAUCAGGAAAUUUUGGACGCCAUACACCGCAUCGCACAAAUUCCAGAGCAGCCAAUGCUGCCAAUCAUUCGCCAACCGCCGAGAAUGCCGCCGUUGAUUCCUCUCGAGGAUCCACUUUUCUUUGAUCCGGAUGAAAUUCGUCGUUUCGAUGAGGAAGCAGAUUACUAUCCGGAAGCUUACUACAAUAUGAUCCUCGAUGAUGACAUCCACGUUAACAUGGCACCAUUGUUGGAAUGGAACCACAAUCUCGACGAUUCCAAUAACGAGGGAAACGUUCAUCGUUAUAAUGAGUUCGAUGAUGAGGAAGAUGAGGAAGCUACUGAUGAAGAGGAAGCUGAUGAUUACAUUUGGUAA